GGCACGUCAGGGGAGAAGCUUUUGGAGUUGGAACGAACAGUUGAUUGGUCGGUUAAUCUCCAACGAUCCAGCUGAUUUUUAGGCCCCCCUCUCGUCUUCCUUCAUCACUCCCUCCUCUCACUUUUCCCCUCCUUUUUCUCAUUUCAUUUUCCCGGGAACCAAACAGAAAACUGAGAAAACCAAAGGAAAAGUCGAUCGAAUCGGAAUUGGAGUUUUUCAAUGGGUGACAGCAAUGCGCCGCACCACAAUUACACGAUGUUCAAGUGCUUCAACCGGAAGUUCAAGGCCAGCGUGGCCGGCCCGCCGCCCGACGUGAAGGCGGUGUUCUCGAAGUUUGCCCAGGGCGGGGACCACAUGUCCAUCGACCAGUUCCGGAGCUUCCUGGUCGAGCACCAGGGCGAGUCGGCUGAGGCCCUCACUAUCUCCGACGCCCACACUAUCCUCCUCGACUUCACGACCCACCACCCGGGAGAAGCCGCGCACAACAAGAAGCUCGUGGGCGGUCUCACUGUCGAGGAUUUCUUUCAUUUCUUGUUUCUUGAAGAAUUCAACAGUCCAAUCAGAAGACAGGUACACCAUGAUAUGAAUGCUCCAAUAUCACAUUACUUCAUAUAUACAGGGCAUAAUUCCUAUCUUACUGGGAAUCAACUCAGUAGUGACUGCAGUGAUGUCCCAAUCAUCACGGCAUUGCAAAAGGGUGUUAAAGUAAUCGAACUCGAUUUGUGGCCAAACUCUGCAAAAGAUGAUGUUCAAGUUUAUCAUGGAAGGACCUUGACCGCUCCUGUGACGCUAAUCAAAUGCUUGAAGUCGAUAAAAGAACAUGCUUUUGAUAAAUCUCCAUACCCUGUUGUUAUAACUUUUGAAGAUCACCUUACUCCCAAACUUCAGGCAAAAGUUGCAGAGAUGGUUAUCCAAACAUUUGUAGACACGCUGUAUUAUCCGGGCGCAGAAGACCAGAUGGUAGAGUUCCCAUCGCCCGAAUCUUUAAAAAACCGAAUUAUUAUCUCAACAAAACCGCCAAAAGAACACAGCGAAUCAAAGAGUUCAAAGGACAAGGGUGGUGGAAGGUCUUCAUCUGAAGAGAGUGGGAGUGAUCAAGAGGGUGAGGCUAUCAACAAUGCCAAUGCAGCUGAAGCUAAAUCAUUCCAACAAUCAGCGCCCGAGUACAAGCGUCUCAUAACAAUCCAUGCUGGAAAACCGUCGGGUGAAUUAAAGGAUGCACUAGCGGUUGGUGAUAAAGUUAGACGUCUAAGUUUGAGUGAACAGAAGCUUGAAAAGGCGGCUGAAGAUCAUGGAGCUGAUGUCGUAAGGUUCACACAGAAGAAUGUUCUAAGGGUGUACCCGAAGGGAACAAGAUUCAACUCCUCAAAUUACGAACCGCAUGUUGGGUGGAUGCAUGGAGCUCAAAUGGUUGCAUUUAAUAUGCAGGGAAAUGACAAAUACAAUUGGUUGAUGCAUGGGAUGUUUAGAGCCAACGGGGGGUGUGGUUAUCUAAAGAAGCCCGACUUUUUGAUGUACAAGGGUCCGAAUGGUGAGGUUUUCGAUCCUAAAAAGACCUUAACCGUGGUAAAGACGUUGAAGGUGAAAGUAUACAUGGGAAACGGAUGGCACUUGGAUUUCAGCCGGACGCACUUUGAUUCCUUCUCCCCUCCGGAUUUCUACACAAAGGUUUUUAUUGUUGGAGUGCCAGCAGAUUGUGGUAAGUUCAAAACAAAGAUAAUUGAGGAUGAUUGGAUACCUGUAUGGGAUGAAGAGUUUACAUUCCCUAUGACAGUUCCCGAGCUUGCCAUACUCCGGUUAGAAGUCCGAGAGUAUAACAGGUCCGAGAAAGACGGUUUUGGCGGGCAAACGUGUUUGCCCGUCUCCGAGUUAAAACCCGGGAUCAGGGCAGUCCCCCUGUAUGAUGAAAAGGGGGAGAAACUCAAAUCUGUAAAGCUUCUAAUAAGGUUUCAAUUCGAGAAUGCACUCUCCCUUGCAACAUAAUUGAGGGCUCGAUUGGAUGUACCAUUCUAUAAAACGCUUUUAGUCACUAGUACAUUCUAACAAGCCCUAAGCGGUAUGCAAGUGUGUAUGUAAUUAGUGAUAUUGUUAAUUAUGUUUCCGAUUUUGACUUGUAUCGAGGCCGUGACUUUGACUCAUGAGUUUUGUUAGUGGGAUCAUAUUUUAUAAACAUAUAAAUUAUAAAUUAACUUUUAA